AUGUUUGGAGCCUUGAAACCAAGAAAUUUGUGGCGUAGAUGGUGGGAUUCAACACCCAAGCAUCACAGAUUUCCAGAUUUCCCGGGACGGAUACCGAAGUCUGAGGUAUGCUGGGCUGCAUUCCAAGUCUUUGACAAAGAUUGCAACGGCACGGUCAGCUUUGAAGAAUUGGAGCAAGUCUUGAACAGCGCAAGCAUGGAAGGCACCUUUGCUCCAGAGCUUCGUCGUGAGCUUUGGGAAGAGUUAACCCAAAAGGCCACUGUGGAAGUCGACUUCGACCAUUUCUUGGCCGCCCUCCGUGGCGUCAAGGCCUCCAAUGUGGCGGCAGAGUCGCGAACACUUCCCAAGGUCGUUUGGGGUAGCCUUGGGGAUUGGGGGGGCCGCAACAUUUUGACUUAA